AUGUCUCUUCCUGACGAGCCAAUACACAGUGAUUCAGAAGAUGAGACCUCGAUUAACAUUGUUGGUGACAUUCCAUUAGAGUGGUAUGAUGAAUUUGACCACAUUGGUUACAAAGCUGAUGGUUCUAAAUUAAUUCCAAAAGAAAGGCAAGACAUUCUUGAUGAAGUCAUUCGCAAAUCAUCAGAUCCAAACUGGUGGAGAAGAUAUUAUGAUAAGCGUGAAGGCACAUACAAGACAAUUACAGCUGAAGAUUUAGAUCUCGUUAGCAGACUUCGCAGUGGCGAAGUAGGUAUCAGAGGAUACAACUACUACCAGCCAUUCUAUGAAACUGAAUGGAAAGACAAAAUCCACCCACUUACAAAUAAAAUGCUUUCAAAGAAACACUUCCAGCCAUCUAGAUCAUCAUUAUACAAGAUCACACAAAUUAUGGCUAAGAUGCGUGAACAGGAAGCUCAAGAGGAAGAAGAAAAACCAGAAAAAGAAGCAGUCGACAUUUGGUCCGACGAUUUCUAUGUUAAGCCACAAAAACGUCGCGGUCUUCCUCCACCAAAGCAGAGCCUUCCAUCUACAGAAGAUUCUUACCAUCCUCCGGAUGAUGAAAAUCCACAUCGUUUACUUGAAGUCGACGGCUACGACAAAGCUGUGUUAGAACGCUACGAACGCUGCUGUGACUUAUUCCUUGCCCCACGUGAGCAAAUUCCAAAGCGUCCAGAAACAUCAGCCGAAUUACUUCCAGAAAUCCCAGAUGUCGAAGAACUCAAGCCAUUCCCAACCGCCGAAGCUGUCCGUUUCGUUGGCCACACCGGCCGUGUCCGCUGUGCCGAUCUUAGUCCAGAUGGUUCGAUCAUGGUCUCAGGAAGCUCCGAUGGCGAGCUCAAAUACUGGGAAACCAUGACAGGCAGGUGCCUCAAGACCAUUGACCUUGGAAAGAUCGCUGGCGGAGAGAACAAAGCCGUUACAUCUGUUGUUUACUGUCCAAACACGGAGACACCAUUUGUUGUGGCCACAUGCAACAAAUAUGUCUUCCUUAUCAGAAGGCGUGAAGGAGAUGUCGAAUUUCCAGACGACGAAACCGGAAAAAGCGAAGAUGAAGAAGAAAGACCGAAAGAAACACCUGAAUUCAAAGUUAUCGAUAACAAGAUUGUUUCUCUUUCAUUCUCCCGUGUUACAGAGAUGAGACAAGUCACAUUCGACCGCACAGGAAAGUUCCUUGCCGUUCUUGCUCAAUCCAGAUUAGUCUACAUCUUCAAUGUCACAAGAGGAUGGCAGUUCAAGACACCAAUUGCAGCAAGUAACGCUUUCAUCCAGAGAAUUGCUUUCCAUCCAACAAAGCAUCACUUCUUCUGUGCUACACAGCACAAUAUCCUUGUUUUCGAUCUCAAGGAGAAGAAGAAAUUGCUCAGACUCAGACCUCUCGUUCAGUGGAUUUCUUCCAUCGAUGUUCAUCCAAGAGGUGACCACGUAAUCGCUGGAAGUUACGAUGGAAGAUCUUUCUGGUUCGAUACUGAACUUAAGACUGAUCCAUACAAGGUUUUGAGAGGACACGCUGCAGCAAUAAGAGAUGUCUCUUACCACAAGAAGUUCCCUCUUUUCGCUGUUGCUUGCGAUGACUGCAAGAUCGACGUUUUCCACGGAAAAGUUUUUAACGAUUUGCUCACUUUGCCACAGAUCGUCCCUGUGAAGGAACUCAAUGGCCAUAAGCCAAAUGGAAUCCUCGGCGUUUUGUAUAUCAUUUGGCAUCCAAACCAGCCUUGGCUCAUCUCUUGUGGUGCUGACCACUCAAUCAGACUUUGGUCUUAA